AAUUUUACAUAGAGAGCAGCGUACGAACCGUAAAGUAAAAGAACUGAGCUUAACCAACGAAAACCUUGCUCUCUCUUCGAUCGGCGACGAGCCACACUGUGAAAACAUCAACUGGGAGGCCACAGAGACAUCUAAUCUCCCUCAGUAUUGAUACGUUUUUGUAGCAAUGGCUUCUAUCCGUAGCCUCUCGACUAGAGCAACGCUUAUUGCUCGAGUUAAUAGUUCCUCAAUUAGCUACAUUCCUCAUGUUCAGGAUCGCAAACAGAGCUCUCCUGACGAAACUUUGUCUCAGCAAAAAAUUCAUAACUUUAUUCAGCCAAGGUUCUUUGGAAGCUGCUUCAACGAUUCAUAUGGAUCUGGUGGUUUGUUCCCCGGUAAAAGAAUUUCGCAAUUUGGUCUUGCGCCAAGUGCAGGUUCUGCUUAUUGUCGGUAUAUGUCAAGUACUGUUGGUGAAGGGUUGGAGAACAUUGAAUCGAUCAGCGAUGUGGCACAGGUUUUGAAGGAUACAACUAUACAUGCUGUUGCUAACCAGGCCCCAGCGGUGAAUGAAGUUGCUGUUGCUGCUGCUGAUUCUUUCUUACCGGUCAAAGCGUUGCAGCAUUUUAUUGAUAUAGUGCAUAACUUCACCGGCUUUAACUGGUGGGCCUCCAUAGCUGUGACUGCUCUUUUGGUUCGGAGUGCGGCACUUCCACUUUUGGUUAUUCAACGUAAAGCAAAUUCGAACUUGGGAUUAGUGAGAGGACAAGUUAAGGAAAUCAAGCUACAGAUGCAAGAUAAGGGGAUGGACCUUGAGUGUGUAGCUGAGGGUCAAAACCAAAUGCAGAAGCUUUUUAAGAAAUAUGGUGUUACUCCACUUGCUCCAUUGAAAGGGCUCUUUAUUAAUGGUCCUAUUUUUUUGAGUUUUUUCUUUGCGAUUUCAAACAUGGCAGAGAAAGUUCCUUCUUUCAAUAAUGGUGGAGCACUCUGGUUUACAAAUCUCUCUAGUCCUGAUAGUUUUUACAUCUUCCCAAUCUUAUUUUUAUCCUGGCAUACAUAUAAAGGGAUCAAAGAGAUAAUGGCAGAUUAUGUUCACCAAGAAAUGACCCGAUAUUGGAUCUUGGUCUGUUUGAGAUUGUUCCUUUUAAUCGUAGUCAAAGAUGUUUUCUUGUUUUAUGGAUGAUGGAGAGAGCGGUUGUUACGGCUGUAAAGGUGGAGAUGGUGGAGUGACGGUGGCAAAGUAGAUGAGGACCAUGAGGUCUGGAUGGUGGUGUUGGUGGUUGGCGUUGGUGAAUAAGUUAUCUGCAGAGCAGAGCUUCCCCGAGUUCAGAGAACAAUAAGUUUAACAGAAUAUUCAGUUCUGAACGCUUGUAGUUUUUUUUGUAUUGAAUCGAAGGUGUUGGAACAUUAAAACUAUAUAUUUUUUUUAAAUAUAUUUUGACACUCAUUGUAAGGCAGAGUUGAAGAAUGUUACUCGUUGCAAUGUGAACUUGGCUGGUCAAAUGAUUUUGUGAAUCAUUUCUAGUA